AUGUUCUACGUGCCAUGUUCAAGUAGUCUACCUCCUCCGCAAACCGCUAUAACAUCUUGUGUUCCUGCGGCACCUCAUCCUCCACCUCAAUACCUAGCAUCAGCUGAAGUUGCCCCACCACCACCACAACCACCCACUGUUGAGCUGACCAAAAAUGGAAAGGUCAAGAAGCCAAGACGACCUCGACAACCGAAACCGAACUCGAGAGGACGUGGCGGCAAUCAGAAGCGUAAGAAUUCCGCACCGGAACCAUCGUCAAUGAUCAGCACCGUGUCGAACGUUCAACAGUGGUGUCCACAGAUGAACGCCACGGCGCCACCUCAAACCCAGAACGCAAUGCAGCCACAGUGCCCCACAAACGGUCCGCCAAAGGUCAAGGAUGCCUUACUGAAGUCGCUUCUUCAAUCGGCGCAUACCUCCGAGCAAACGCCCACUCGAUGCAGUUCAUCGUCAUCGUUGUGUUCGCCAAUACCCGAUCCGGCCCCAAUAAUGCGUUCAUCGUCGGAUAACACGCAGCCGUCGUUCGCCUAUCCUGAUCACCUGUCGUGGUCAACGAGCAUCACCGAUGAAUCGCAAAAGUUGGUUUAA